AUGUCGCCCCCUGAAAGCCUCGGGGAUCCCCUCAAAAAAGAAUGGCAGUCCUCCGAAGCCCUAGCGAACGGCUCCUCUCUGGCCAGCAGUAUGAAAGGCAGCGACGAUUCGACCGGCACGACGGAAUCGCAAGAGAAAACAGAGCCCGAGCCCGAGGCAGAUGAACCACCAUAUCCGACAGGCGUUCAGUUGGGACUCAUUGUUUUUGCGCUCUUUUGCUCGGUUUUCAUCGUGGCAGUCAGUCAAACCGUACUUGCGACAGCUAUCCCGACCAUCACGAGCGUCUUCAAUAGUUCCGAUGACAUUGCAUGGUACAGCACGGGAGAACAGAUCACGGCCGUUGCGUUGCAGCUUCCCUUUGGUCAAGCUUACUCGCUUUUCAACAAUAAAUGGACGUUCUUGACCUCGGUGGUCAUCUACCUCGCCGGUAGCGCGGUUUGCGGCUCUGCACCGACGUCAGUUGCCUUGAUCAUUGGUAGAGCCAUUCAGGGUGUGGGCAUGGCAGGCGUAUUCGGUGGCUCAUUCAUCGUCAUUGCUCGCAUCACGCCGCUUAGAAAGCGGAGUCUGUUUGCGGGCUUAUUCGGUGCUGCAUAUGCCAUCGCCAGUGUUAUCGGACCUAUCAUGGGUGGUGCUAUUACCCAGAGAGCUUCUUGGAGAUGGUGCUUUUACUUCAAUCUCCCGAUCGGAGCUGUAGUAGUCGCCGUCGUCAUCUUCUGUUUGCCCCCUUCCCUCUGCCGGACCUCAGCGGAGCUCAGGUCCAUGACCCCGAUCCAGCUGGCGAAGAAGUUUGACCUUCUUGGUACUACCCUCCUACUGGCUUCUCUGGUCUGUCUGAUGUUAGCGCUCCAGUGGGGCGGUGGUGAGUAUCCGUGGAACGACGCGCGCGUCAUCGCAGUCUUGGUUGUAUUCGGGGUCACACUCCUCCCGUGGAUGGCACUACAGUACUUCCAGGGAGACGAUGCUACAGUGCCUCUCAGUAUUGUGAAACAGCGUUCCGUUGCGUCUUCUAACCUUUACCUGCUCUUCUUGAAUGGAGCUUUUGGUGUUUUCAUCUUCUACUUACCUGUUUGGUUCCAAUCGAUCCGAGGAGAUGAUGCCGAAUCCUCUGGCUUGAAACAGCUAGCACUCUGCAUCAGUACAGCCGUUGGCUCAAUUGUAGCUGGAGGUCUUGUAAUGGCGAUUGGGUUCUACAAUCCAUUCGUAAUUCUAGGUUCCCUCCUGGUCACAGCCGGUUCUGCGCUCUUGAUGACCGUCAAGUCUGAUGCUGCACUUGGCAUACUUGUUGGCGCUCAGAUUCUUGUCGGUGCUGGCGUCGGUGUCGGAGCCGAACAGGCCAACGUAGCCGUUCAGACCGUACUGCCCAACGAGAAGAUUCCCAAGGGCACUAGUCUGACCCUUUUCACGAGACUUUUAGGAGUUGCUCUAUCAGUACCUAUUGCGCAAAGCGUCUUCCAGCAAGAGCUUUCCAAGAACCUUGGUAGUGCCGUUGCUGCUAAGAUUUAUGGCGAUGGCGGAGCUACUCAGAUUAAGGAUAACCUGCAAAAGAUUUUCGGAAAUGGGACCGCUGAGUAUCAGAAUGCAUUGGACAAGGUCAACACUUCCUUAACGAGAACUUUUGAGCUGGCCAUGGUCCUAGCCGCCAUAUCAUUCCUCUUUGCAAUUCUCUUGGAGUGGAAGAACGUCAGAAAGGAGAAGAGGUCAUUUGACGAUUCGAAGGAACAGAAGAGUCAGCCUAAGAAGUAA